UCAGCUGCUGCACACACCGACUGAAAUACACAAGUCGAAGAAACUAGGCCCGAAAAAUUCGGCCCACACAUAAAACGCCAGCAAGGCCCACAAAAGAAAGAUGGUUUGCAGCCGCCUAGGGGUUUGUGGAUCGGAAUCGAAGACGAAGUCGAACAGGGAGGGAGAGGGGAGUCGGAGAGCCGGCGAGCGGAGCGAUCCAAUGGCAACGCCGUCCGUCCCGACGUUCAUUCGGGAGCCGAAAUUCUUGGUUGCCCCCGAGCUUCCCGAGAUGGGGCCCCGAUACCCGGAGUGGAUCCUCCUCUCGACGCGCGCCUACAUCUCCGACCGCGUCAACGCGGCGACCGUCGCUUGCAGCAACACCAGCGACGGCCACCCUAUCCAGGUCUCUCUCUUCGCUGCUACCCCGCCCGCAGUAUCCCACCUCUGCGUCCACUGCCCCGGCAGAGAGACCCACCAAUUUAGCGACAACCCCGGGGUCAUCUUCUCCCGGGACGAUCUGAUACUGCUCAAUGUCUCCUUUGCCUGCGGCGACAUGACCGACUUCUUCGUUUACAAGGCUGGCCCCAAGACCCCCUCGCUCGUCCGGAUCGCAAUUCCAGAUCUCAGCAUCUCAAGCUUCCUCAACACCGGGAUCGUGUGCUGCGGCGCCGACCACUUCGCGGUGGCUGCUCUCAUAGCAGACUACAUGACUGACAUGUUCGAGUUGUCCGUCUUCAAUUCCAAGACUCGGGUGUGGGAGACCAGGCUGCUGCCGCUGGAGCCGUCGGAAUCGCUUUGCCAUCCUGCUGAGCUUAGCUUCUUCCCAAGCAAGGUGAUCCCGCUGGAAGGUUCCCUCUUGGGAUGGGUCGACCUGUGGAACGGUAUCCUGCUGUGCGAUAUUCUUUCGGAUAACCCCAAGCUCCACUACGUCCCAAUGCCUAAGCCGAUGCCAGGCAAUGUGGCUCUUAAAGGAGAGGGCGAGCCAAAAUGUUAUAGAGAUGUCAUUGGCUGUGGGGACCUGAUCAAGGUAGUUGAGGUGGACUACGAAUAUAAUGGCACUGAAGUCGCCGAUAUCAACAGCUACGUACCUGAAGAAUGGACACUUGUCACACUAACUCGAAGGCUUGAUUCGAGGGAGUGGAAAAGAGGCCAUGAGGUGAACAUUGGGGAUAUAACAGUCUCUCAAGACUUUUAUGGGCAUACAGAUGUGUUGCCUCGGUUCUGUGAGAAUGGAACCCCAUCCUUGAAGAAAAUGCCACUCGGCUUCCCAACUUUGUGUGAAUGGAACAACAUGGUGUACUUUAUGUGCAAGGUUAGCCUCAUGGACUACAAUGGUUGGGUGGUUGCUGUUGACAUGAACUCAAACAAGUUGCAAGCAGUAUCCAGUUUUUGUGGAGCGACCUUGCCUGGGUUCUCGACAGCAUACUAUCCAAGCUCGUUUACAAAGUAUCUCAACAACAGCGGCGCGCGCCCAGAAAUUGAGCUAAAUGCCCAAACCUCUGAUGGUCUAGCAAGCACCGAUACGGAGGACUCCUCCGUCGAUGAUUAGACAUUUCUGGAUAUCCCAAGCCUAGCCUCGUAAGGGGGGAAGUGAAGAAACUUUCGUAUGGCAUGCUCUGAUGGAUGGAUUGUGGCUUCAGUGGGACUUGGCCCCCUGUCUAAAAAGAAGUGAAUGUGCAUCUUUAUUAUAGCGAACGCUUUCCUUUGCAUAAAUAUUUGCAUGCUUGUUUUGUUUUA